UGAAAAGAUCACUCAUCAAAAUCCAACAGAAAAUCCAAAACAUACCAACGAACUGUCCUAUUUCUAAUCCCAUAUUCUCUCUCCAAUUCCAUAUAAUAAAAUCCAAAGUCAGUCUCUCUCUCUCUCUCUCUCUCUUUCACUGUUUCUCUCUGGCUCACAACCCAAUAAGCCUAGGCCAACCCUGCAAAACCCUGAUGUGGUACCUCAGCAGAACACCUUCUUCUUCUUCUUCUUCUUCUUCUUCGAAGACCCACCAACCCAAUAUUCAAUUUUCCACGAACUCCAUCUUUCCCGUUUCCGAUGAUGGACUUUUCACUCAAAUCUGCAUCGUCCAACUCCCAAACGAUUCUCAAAUAGACCACCACCAAACUAGUACUAAAAAUGGUUGCCAAAACCCCAAAGACCAAGAAAAUGAUUCAUUAUUAUCAUAUUCUUCAUCAUGGGAAUGGUUUGCGUACGUUUGCAGCCCGACCCAGUUCCGCUCGGCGGCAAUCCCUCGGUCUCCGUCGUCGUUCAGAAUCCAAGUGAUGGCAGUCUUGCCGGACCAAUUCUUGUGCGCUAAGCUUGUUGUACCCUCCGCCAAUUCUGUUCUCUGUACUUAUUCGCGCAACGCCAAUUCUUUUCACGCUGUUCCCGAAAUGCAUUGCAGGGAUCGAAACCUAAGCUCUUCUGCUUGUGCGGUUGUCGGUGGCUGGCUUUACGUUGCCGGAGGGUUUAAGGGCAAUUCCAAUCGCAAUCCCAACCCCGACCCCAAUCCGUCUUAUUCUGAACCUCCAACUUAUCUGAACUCGGCAGAGCGGUUGAACCUUAAGACAUGGGAGUGGCAAACACUGCCAAACAUGCAAAAUUCCCGAGCCUAUGCGACCGGUGUUGCUUACAAGCAUAAGUUCUACGUGGUGGGUGGCAGUGCAGAUAUGAAGCACUCAGCUGAGAUUUACAGCCCCAGCUCCAACUCUUGGUUAUUUGUGAGGUCGUUUGUGCCAAAGGAGGCAGAAGGAUUUGCAGUGGCAUCGCUUGGUGGGCGUUUACUGAUACUGACUUGGUCCGGUUGGUUAGGUGUGAAACUAUGGCAGUGGACUAUAUUGGUGAAUCCAAACAUCUGUGGAUGCAGGCUAAUCAGUUUCUUUCCAGACCAACUAGUGGAGAGGGAUAGGCUAAAACAACAUGGAGCCAGGAUGGUUCAGAUUGGUGAGGAGAUUUGGGUUAUGGUGGAUGAGAAUGAUAGAAUUAGUCAGGUUGGUGGUUCAUGUGCUUGGCCAGUGUUUCCAGCACCAAUGUUUAGGCCCUCUGAUGGACUUGAAACUGUGCAAAAGGGUUAUAUCUAUGCUUUUACUUUCAGGGAUGGGCUAAGAAUAAGUUGGAGAAAAAUCCCCAUUUUCUCAAUUUUGAAAUGAACAAUUUUUGAUAGAAAGCGAAAGAAACACUAGCACAUUCAUCCAAAGAAACUACAAGCUAAUAUGAUCUGCAUGCAUGGUGAGGAGACAUGAGUUGUCGUUUGGAGAAUAAUAUUUAAGGAUUUUACUGCAAAGUAAUGUCGUAUAUGUUACUGAAAGUGUAUGAAACAUUGAGCUUGAGGGCCUUAUUCUAUAUUUUACUCAUUUCAGAUGCAGAAGUUGGGUCAGAUUAA